AUGGACGCUGAGGCGGUCGCUGAGAGCGGGGAGGAGGCGGCCGACAGCGGGCAUCCCAAUGACUACGACAUGCAGAGCUUACCCAGUGGAGUGCAACUGCUUGUCAAUUUCCAUCUGGAGAAGCACUAUGGGCAGGAAAUAGACAGACGGUUGGAAAAGAAACUGAAGAUUACACAAAAGGAAAGCAGAAAAUCAAAAUCUCCUCCCAAAGUGCCGAUUGUCAUUCAGGACGACAGCCUUCCCUCAGGUCCUCCUCCACAGAUCAGGAUCUUAAAGAGGCCCACAACGAAUGGUGUGCUUAGUAACCCCAACUCUGCGAGCAGACCAGCUUUUCCAGUAAAGUCUCUGGCACAGAGAGAGGCAGAAUACGCAGAAGCCAGAAAACGAAUUCUGGGCAGCGCAAGCCCAGAAGAGGAACAGGAGAAACCCAUUCUAGACAGGCCAACAAGGAUCUCCCAGCCAGAAGAUUCCAGGCAGCCCAAUAACGUGAUACGGCAGCCACUGGGUCCUGAUGGUUCACAAGGCUUCAAACAACGCAGAUAGAUAUGGGCAAGAGAUCAUGCUGUCGAAAGCAGGGUCAGCUGCCACGGGUUGCACUGCCGUGGUGGACAAAUGGACUUGAGCAGAGGGAACUACCUGGUUUACUUGCACUGUGAUCCCUUUGCUCUGCCCACUGUGACCUUGAACCCCAUGCACUGUGACCCCCUGCUCCACCCACUGUGAUUGGCACACCGACGAGGGCUGUCCCAAGUCACUGUCAAAGGAAGGGGGGUACGGUAAGGACUCUGAACAGGUGCAGAGUGUCGUGUGUGCCACUUCAGUUGAAGCUAGCGCCAGCAAUAAUGUUUAUCGUACUCAUUAACCUGGGAUUUAAAAGAAGAAUGGGAAGCCUCCCCAAAUGUGCAUGUUGUCUCUCUCUCUCCUGAGCAAGUUCUGUUUCAAAGGAUCUUUUGUUUUUUGUUUGUAAAUCAGAUCAACUUUAAACCAAGUGCAUGGGAAGAGUUUUAACUGUUUAGUUUGUUUUAAUUGAGAGAGGUAGUUGGUGGUGUUCUAAACCCGGAGUUUCUAGGCAUUUCCACAAUAUAAUGGCUAGGUUUUGGCAAGCUUAGCUUCUUGUUCUGUAUUUCCACUGCUGCCAAGCAAAUGGAAGGGGACUCGUAGGUACCUGGGCUUUCUAAUUGCCUUGGGCCCAGAAACCAGUGGGGUCCAGUGGCCUGGUUCACUUACUGCACCUGUCAUAAGCUUGGUUAGUUUUCUGCUGGCUUGAGGAAAAACUUAGUAAUACAUUUCUUGUAUUUGGGGAGAAGGGAAUGUAGACAGAUCCCAUGGAGACACCUAUUGCCUGCCUGCUGCUUCCAGCAGAGAAAGCAGGGUGAAGGAACAGGGCUCUGUUGCAUCUAGGUUUACAAGCUAGGAAUAGACUAGUUCAAUACUGGACUGGUCCACUUCGGUUAGUGCAUGGAAAACAUGGUAAUGAGCCUGGCUCUGUGCAGCAUGUGCUUGUCGGAAAGCUGACGUGUGGCAGGAGACUGGGCAACCACUGCUCCAAAGGUUUGAACCCUAAGUGGCUUGUGAUGGACCGAUGGCUUAUGGUACAAUUCCAGUGCUGUACUUGAUGCAUUUACUUCUAGAAAUCAUAGACAUCGGGAACAAACCAUGUUCAAUAAAGUUUGGAAAAAAAAUCCCUGUUUUCAUGCAUUGGUGGUAACAAAUGGCUUUCCGCUAAGCUCUGUCCUCCAGCCCCAGGAAAAGAAAGGGGUCUGAGGAAGGGUUCCUGGCCAUGGAAGAGAAAUGUAAGGUACCACCAAAUCAGCUGUUGCAAGCUGUCAAAUAUAGCUACUCCAUUGCUUCUCCUGUGCCCUAUACUGUCUUGUUGCAUUGUCUAACUGUAGAUUAGUCAACAAGGAAGCUGAUCAACUCUUAAUAUUAACAGUUUCAAGGGAUUAGAUGAACACUAAAGCUUCCUUCUGCUGGAGCAACAAGAAUGUAUCUUGUAUGCUGGAAAGGCUCCAGUAGUAGAGAUGUCUCAGCAUGUUGAUAGGACCUGGUACUGUAGACAAGCCUGUGUGGCAUAGAAACAGACUCUUUCUGUGACAGCAGCCAGAGGCCAAGAAGGAUUUAGAUCAUCCCUUCACCUAAAAGGACCGUGGGCUAGUCUGCUUCACUGUGUUUCCAGAAGCUGCCUUUCCACACAAUUGGUUUUUUGGAGGAUGUAUUCUGUACAGGUGCAAUAUGACCUGUGCUUAAUAGGUUGAAUAGUGGGCACCUGAACCCAUCCCCUUUUGCCUGAAAGGAAGCGGCUGAACAGAACCUCUGCCUACAGUGAGUUGUAUGGGAGAUUCCCAUACAGUAAACCAAGACAUGUACAGAAAUACGGCAAACAACUGGUAAAAUAAACUACCUGUGUACAAAAGA